CGCGCUCUGCUGGGUAUGGCAUGUACGCGAGCGGGUGCGCUCCUGUUUACAUGCAUGCCUGCAUCUGGGACCGACUCUCUUAUUUGUGGACCCUAGCCGUUUCCGCUCAACCCAUAGAAUUUUCGGGACCUCUUGAUCUUGCGAUUUGAGGAACUGCGAGCUGUUUUUAUUUUAUUUUAUUUACUCAUUCAAUUCUUUAAGGGCCUCCGUUGUGCCACACUGCCACUCUGGAGAGCUUUGGAUGUAAACUGCACUCUGGCAGAAUGGGAUCGCCAAAUUUAGACUCCACUGCAUGACGUUUCUGCAGGUUACCAUCAAAAUGGUGGCUGGAGAGGCAAAUGGGCACAGCUACCUCAUGGCAUGCUGGCAGCCCAUUCUCAUCCUGAUGCUGGGUACCGUCCUGUCCGGCUCCGCCACCGGCUGCCCUUCUCGCUGCGAAUGCAGCGCCCAAGAGCGCUCUGUCGUGUGCCACCGACGGAAGCUGAUCGCUCUCCCCGAGGGAAUUCCCAUUGAUACGCGGCUGCUGGAUCUCAGCAAGAACCGCCUGAAAGCCAUGAACCCCGAGGAGUUUCUCAAUUACCCGCACCUGGAGGAGCUACAGCUUAAUGAGAACGUGAUUGCAGUCAUCGAACCGGGGGCUUUCAGUAACCUCCUUGGCUUAAGAACGCUGGGACUGCGCAACAACAAGCUUAAGUUGAUCCAGCUGGGUGUGUUCACUGGCCUCAGUAACCUCACUAAGUUAGAUAUAAGUGAGAAUAAGAUUGUCAUUUUGUUGGACUAUAUGUUUCAAGACCUUUACAACCUGAAGGAGCUAGAGGUGGGGGAUAAUGACCUGGUGUUUAUCUCUCACCGAGCUUUUCACGGCCUCAGUAGCCUGGAGCAGCUCACAAUGGAAAGAUGCAACCUGACCUCUGUGCCAACAGAGGCCUUCAGUCAUCUUCACAACCUGCUGUCCCUCAGGCUGCGCCAUCUCAACAUCAACAUCAUUCAAGACUAUUCCUUCAGGAGGCUCUAUCGACUCAAAGUCUUAGAGAUAGCAAACUGGCCACUUUUAGAGACCUUGACUGCCAGGUCCCUCCACGGGCUUAACAUCACAACCCUGAGUAUCACAAACUGCAAUCUUACUGCUGUCCCUUACGUGGCCAUUCAACACCUGGUUUACCUUCGCUUUUUCAACCUGUCCUUCAAUCCAAUUGAGGUCGUGGAGGGCAACAAAAUGCACAAUUUGCUGAGGCUCCAGGCGUUUCACUUGGUAGGGGGCCGGCUAGCGAGCAUCGAGCCUUAUUCUUUCAGAGGACUCAACUACCUUCGGGUUCUCAAUGUAUCCAGCAAUAGUCUAAGCACUUUAGAGGAGUCUGCGUUUCACUCGGUCGGCAACCUGGAGAUGCUGGCUCUCCACGACAACCCCCUGGCGUGUGACUGUCGUCUGCUCUGGGUCUUUCGCCGUCGAUGGAGACUCAAUUUCAACCGCCAGCAGCCAUCUUGUGAGACGCCAGAGUUUUUGCAGGGUAAAGAGUUUAAAGACUUUCCGGACGUUCUCCCGGCCAAUUAUUUCACCUGUGAAAAAUCAAAGAUACGAGAUCACAAAGCCCUUCAUCGAUACGUGGAUGAGGGGACCACAGUUCAAUUCCCUUGCCAGGCAGAUGGAGACCCAGCACCAGUGAUUCUGUGGCAGUCUCCCAAAAAGCAAUUUAUUACUACAAAAAGCAUCGGCCGGCUGUCUGUGUCUCCAGACGGCACCCUGGAGGUUAGAUACGCCCAAAUACAAGACAAUGGCACGUACAUGUGUUUUGCCGUCAACGCAGGGGGCAACGACACCCGUUCGGCCCACCUGCAUGUUCAUAGCUUUUCUCCUAAUUGGCCCCAUCAGCCCAAUAAGACCUUUGCCUUCAUCUCAAACCAGCCCAAUGAUGGUGGUGCAAAUGGGACUGGUGCUACAGAUCCCUUUCCCUUUGACAUGAAGACUCUCAUUAUCGCUACAACUAUGGGGUUUAUCUCGUUCCUUGGAGUGGUGCUGUUCUGUCUGGUGCUCCUGUUCCUCUGGAGUCGAGGAAAAGGCAAUGCCAAGCCAAACAUCGAGAUUGAGUACGUGCCACGAAAAGUAGAUGGAGACAGCAGCCCGACGGAGGGAUCGCACAAGAUCAGUAUGAAGAUGAUUUAACAGACUAAUCGCCUUUGUGUGUGCAUUAUAUGAGGUAUAGGUGUUCUUGACUUACCUUGAUGAAUGAGGGCGUGGUUACUUUUGCACCCAUUUUAGAGACGUGAAAAGAACAUUAUUCUAACAAAAGCCUUUUGCAUUUUUUUUUUACAAACUUUAUAGAACAAUCUCACUUGGAUUGUGUCUUCAAAGGGAAAUUAGACAGGUUUCAAAUAUCUGUGUAUUUGUUUGGGUAAGUGUUGAAAUAUAUAGUCCAUUGUUCAGAAGCCAGAGUCCGGAGCACCGGUAUGUUUAUACUUGUCCUCUAAUGUUUUUUUCCUGUACAUAAUUAUGUCAAUGUACAUUGGGCAAUACAGUGGUUAAAUGCAACUGGUUGCUGAGCCUACUGGAGUGCAUGUGCCAUAUAGAUACAUGCAAAGUGUAUAGGUCUAAUAAAAUCACUGUAAAUGUCCAUUACCAACUCUUUAUAAGAGAUAAAUUUGUUUUAAAAAUGAUUUAUUGAUUAGGCUUGACAAUCAUAAUAUGUCGAAAGUCAAGUAUUAAUCAAAAAGUAUUUUUUGAUUUGACGGUGCAAUUUCAAUGUUGACACUGUACAUAGUAUCCUAAGCCAGAUGUAGCUUUGAAUUUAAAGCCAUUUUCUCUGACUGAAAAUGUGACAAACCUAUUGGACCUGUGGUUGUAUUCACACUAAACUACUGUAUCAUCUGACAGAUCUUCACGGUUUUUAUUUACCUACCAAUGAGAAGUUUACAGUUUUAUUGAUUUAGUCAUCCAGAUGGCGUUAAUUUACCAUGCUGUAAUGCCAUUUUCUAUCGCUCUCACGAGGCAGCAGUUGUUCGGUAGGUAAAUGUGUUCUUCAAACCCUUAAAAGACUACAGUGCUGAUUUUGGGACAAUGGAUGACUGUAAAACAUAUUAAAAUUACAAGCUUUUGUA